AUGAAGUUCUCUGCCAACAUCCUCCUCAUCUGUACCGCGAUUGUCGGUGCCUCUGCUGUUCCUACCACGAACACUGAUACCGAGCUCAAAUUCACCGGCGGAGAGACUUCGGUCGACUCGGUCGAGUGCACUGGAUAUCUUCCGCAGCAUGCAUCCUGCACCAUUGGACAGUGCCAGUGCCUUGGAAACAAUGGAUGCUACUCGUGCAAUGGAGGACGCGUUCAGUGCCAGCCAGGUCCCGGCUCAGGUGUUUGCUGGACCCAGUAA